GGCAGCAGGGAUUAAAAAAACGCAGAAGUGGAGACAACCACGAGUGCCGUAAUGCUGGUGACCGGCUGCGGUGUGUUCCCGCUGCCCCCGAAAGCCUCCUCGCAUCUCCUGACGGAAGGAAAGGUAAAACCGUGAGAGGAGACGAAGCUGUGCUGCGGGAUGUGCCCACGGGUCUCCAUGGGCCGCUGGGUCGGUGCCACGCUGCUCCUCCCCGCCCACCCCCUUCUGCCCCUGGCCGGGGGAACGCCGCCAUUGGAGCCUGCGCAGUGCGGCGAGGAGCCGUCGCCGUCGGCCCUGCCCUGCGCUGCCUCUCCGCCCGCUGUCUGACAGCGCCGGGCAUUGCCGCCCCGCUACCUGCGGGGUGCCAGGGGCCACCGGGGGGCUCAGCUGCCCCGCGCCACCGCCCCGCUCGGGCUCUGAUGGGCCUGGGGCAGCCGGCGCCAUGGCCGCCUUGUACCAGAGCGCAGACCCGUCCGCUUCGGCCUCGCCGAACAAGCUCCUGGCUCUGAAGGACGUGCGGCAGGUGAAGGAGGAGACCACGCUGGACGAGAAGCUGUUCCUACUGGCCUGCGACAAAGGUGACUAUUAUAUGGUUAAGAAACUCCUAGAGGAAAACAGCUCAGGUGAAAUGAACAUAAAUUGUGUGGAUGUGCUGGGACGAAAUGCUGUUACCAUAACCAUUGAAAAUGAAAACUUGGACAUACUGCAGCUUCUUUUGGAUUAUGGGUGCCAGUCAUCAGAUGCGCUUUUGGUGGCUAUUGACUCGGAAGUGGUGGGAGCUGUUGACAUUCUACUUAAUCAUCGACCAAAAAGAUCCUCCAGACCAACCAUUGUAAAAUUAAUGGAACGCAUUCAGAACCCAGAGUACUCAACAACCAUGGAUGUGGCACCUGUCAUUUUAGCAGCUCAUCGUAACAACUAUGAAAUUCUCACCAUGCUGUUAAAGCAAGACAUAUCAUUACCAAAGCCUCAUGCUGUAGGCUGUGAAUGCACACUGUGUACUGCAAAGAACAAAAAAGAUAGUUUGCGACAUUCCAGGUUUCGCCUUGAUAUUUAUCGGUGUUUGGCCAGCCCUGCUUUAAUCAUGUUGACAGAGGAGGAUCCCAUCCUACGAGCUUUUGAACUUAGUGCAGACUUGAAGGAAUUAAGCCUUGUUGAGGUUGAAUUCAGAAAUGAUUAUGAGGAGCUAGCUCAACAGUGCAAAACCUUUGCUAAAGAUUUGCUUGCACAAGCACGGAAUUCACGGGAGUUGGAAGUUAUUCUGAAUCACACAUCUAGUGAUGAACAUGUAGACAAGCGAGGAUUGUUGGAAGAGAGGAUGAACUUAAGUCGCUUAAAACUUGCCAUCAAGUAUAAUCAAAAAGAGUUUGUUGCUCAGUCUAACUGCCAGCAGUUUCUAAACACUGUAUGGUUUGGACAGAUGGCAGGCUAUCGGCGCAAGCACACAUGCAAGAAAAUUUUGACUGUGUUGAUGGUUGGCAUUUUCUGGCCAGUUCUGUCCCUGUGUUACUUGUUAGCCCCUAAAUCUCGAGUAGGUAGAAUAAUUCACACUCCUUUUAUGAAAUUUAUUAUUCAUGGAGCUUCAUAUUUUACGUUUCUGUUAUUACUGAAUUUGUACUCCCUUGUCUACAAUGAGAAUAAGAAGAAUACAAUGGGACCAGCCCUUGAGAGAAUAGACUAUCUUCUGAUAAUAUGGCUAAUUGGAAUGGUGUGGUCAGAUGUUAAAAGACUCUGGUAUGAUGGCUUAGAAGACUUCUUAGAAGAAUCCCGUAAUCAGCUUAGUUUCGUUAUGAAUUCCCUGUAUUUGGCAACUUUUGCUCUCAAAGUAGUUGCCCAUAACAAGUUUCAUGAUUAUGCUGAAAGGAAGGACUGGGAUGCAUUCCAUCCUACCCUGGUGGCAGAAGGUCUUUUUGCUUUUGCUAAUGUUCUUAGUUACCUGCGUCUCUUCUUCAUGUACACAACCAGCUCUAUUCUGGGACCACUCCAGAUUUCAAUGGGCCAGAUGCUACAAGACUUCGGAAAAUUUCUUGGCAUGUUUCUUCUUGUCUUGUUCUCAUUCACAAUUGGAUUGACACAACUUUAUGAUAAAGGAUUUACUGUAAAUGAAGAAAAGGACUGUGCAGGAAUUUUCUGUGAACAACAGAGCAACGACACAUUCCAUUCGUUUAUUGGCACGUGUUUUGCUCUGUUCUGGUAUAUAUUCUCCCUGGCACAUGUUGCAAUCUUUGUCACACGUUUUAGUUAUGGUGAAGAAUUACAGUCUUUUGUGGGUGCUGUUAUUGUUGGUACCUACAAUGUGGUGGUUGUGAUAGUAUUAACUAAGCUCCUUGUGGCAAUGCUUCACAAAAGUUUUCAGCUGAUAGCAAAUCAUGAAGAUAAGGAAUGGAAGUUUGCUCGUGCCAAGCUUUGGCUUAGCUACUUUGAUGACAAGUGCACGCUACCUCCACCUUUCAAUGUUAUUCCCUCUCCCAAGACUAUAUGUUAUCUUUUCAACAGUCUCAGUAAAUGGAUCUGCUCUCAUACAUCUAGUGGCAAAGUGAAACGUCAGAACAGCCUAAAGGAAUGGAGGAAUCUGAAGCUGAAGAGAGAUGAGAAUUAUCAAAAGGUGAUGUGUUGUUUAGUCCACCGUUAUUUGACUUCCAUGAGGCAGAAGAUGCAAAGCACAGAUCAGGCAACUGUGGAAAACCUCAAUGAACUGCGGCAAGACUUGUCCAAAUUCCGAAAUGAAAUGAGAGACCUGCUUGGCUUUCGAACUUCUAAAUAUGCUAUGUUUUAUCCAAGAAACUAAGACCUAACUUUUAACUGAAAUGUGUGUAGUUUGACCUGAUUCUGUUACCAGACCAAAUACAGAAGGUUAUUGCACAACGGUACAUUUGAAAAUGCAUUUGCAUGAGUUGCAGCUGGGUGCAGAAGUGGUGAAAAUAAAUGCAAAAACAAAUACCACCAUUUUCAUGAGCUCAAAAUCCUAGUGUGUAUAUAGAAUUUGUAUAUAGGAAUUUUUUCAUGUUCCUUAGACUGUGGCUGUCAGGUAUCAGAGCUUCGUGACUAGCACAAUACGUUUAUUUCUUUUACUUUUGCUUUUGCUGUUUCUUCCUUUCUGAUACUUGUUUCUGAAGUUGUGAGAGAAGAUAAGUGUUUAAAAACAAAAAUCCAGCUUAUUGUUAUUUUUAAUAGAAAGUCAGAUAUAAAAUAGUAGAGAAUUUCCAGCACAGUUGGAAAUUGUUUGACUGUAGGUUACAGUGCAUAUAAAGAUUGUAUGUCUCUGAAAGAGGCAGUUCUAGUGCCAACAUGUUUAUAUUAACAUAGAUGGAAUACUAACUAGAGAAUACAAAACAAAAUCCUCAACACUCUUCCUUUUCAUAGGAACAGUGAAAUUUUGAGCUCAGUACAGACUGACCAUUUCUUUCAUGUUUAUGCUUACGUGCAAGACAAUCAGUUCCUUCUUGGAACUGCUUGGAUUACUCUAUCAGUUCUUCAAAAGUGCAUUUUACCACAUGUGUCAAGAUAGGGAGCAGAACCUGAAAAGUAACCCAUGAAUUUUUUAAGUUUCAUACAUUGAGUUUUUUGAAUCUGGGUGAUAAAUUAUUUGAAUUUUCAAAACCUGUGAUUUAACAGAAAUGAUACAAAGCACCUGAGUGCUGUUGUUUGCAGUGCUGAACAAUUCCUCUGCAACUGUACACUUCAAGAAAUACACAGUAAGAACAUACAUGGUACCUGGUCAUUGGGCAGAUGUAGUCUAGAAGGGCUUGCUUUAGACAGGCUUUAUAUAUCCUACUCUUGAAUUAGAGUUGGGUUUUUAAAAUUUUUUUUCACCACAAGUGUUGACAAGCUAACCUUUUUUUUGUGUGAGGAUCAGGAAUAAUAUGUUUUGUGAGAACAUGUGGUUUGACUUCACAUACAAUGGACAGUAAGGGCUUACAGCAUUUUCUGUGUUAGAGGGUCCUAUAUGGCUUUAUAUGUUUAUAUAGACUUCAAGCUGACAAAGUGUAACUGAGAAAAAUGUGAGAUUCCAGUAUUUUUAAUGAUGAAAUAAUUAUAUUUAUGACAGCUAAAGGAUUGGUUGACAACUUUUAUGAUGGUGCUCUUGCAAAAUGGUGUAAUGUGCAGAAGGCACAGGUAGCCGUAGUGGUUUGACUGCAGUUGAUCUUGGGAGAUUGAUUGAGUGGAGGCUUACAAGAAUGUUUACUUUUUCUGAAGGUAUUCUUAUAAAACUCUUUCUUGUAAAGGUAAUAUAUUUUCUGUACUAUGAAAUUAUGUAUAUGUGAAUUAAGGGUUAAUACUCUGCUUCCAGAAGUCUUGCAGUACAGAGGUAUUCUGGUAAGUCUGGCUUUUCAUGUGAUUAAGAAGCCUAACCUCUUAUAUUCAAAGCAAAGAGGAUCACUGAAUUUUGUAUUUGGACUCAGAUCUCAUGUUUGAAUACACCAACAUAAAAACUAUGUGCUGUGUAUGUUGUGUAUCUCCAAGAAAGGAAGCAGACAAAUAAAAGCUCUUUGAAAAAUA